AUGUCUGUUCCAAUCCUCCAUUCCGUCGGGGACAGCAUCGACUAUUCUCUAUCAGUCGAGCCCUUCAUCCCGCAGCUCUACGAGCUCCCGUCGCAGCUCCUCCAGCUUCGGAGCCUCGAUGACGUGUGGCAGCUGUACGCGAGGACGAACCCGCUCAUCUCCGGCUUUGCCAUCUCCCUCUUCCUCGCCGGCGUGUUCCUUGUUGCCUCGGAGGCGAACCGAAACUAUUCCCAGGUCGAUCGCUUUUGGAGCAUCCUCCCCAAUCUCUAUGUCAUCCACCUAGCUAUUUGGGCUCGUCAGGCAGGCCUGCCGACGAGCCGCAUUGAUCUGGUGGCCGCUUUCACCACGCUCUGGAGUAUUCGUUUGACCUUCAACUACUGGCGCAGAGGCGGAUAUCAGAUCGGCUCCGAGGACUACAGAUGGGAAAUCGUCAAGAGCAAGAUUCCUGCCGUCCUCUUCUUCGUCCUCAACGUCACCUUCAUCUCGUUUAUGCAAAGUAUUCUUCUGUUCGCCAUCUCCUGCGUGCCCGCCUACGCUAUCCUGCUUUCCGCGCACCAUGAGCCCGAGGUCACGGCGGCUGAUGUCGCAUACUUCUCCGCCGAGGUGGCACUCAUCGUCAGCGAAUGGUUCAGCGAUGGGCAGCAGUGGAGAUACCAAACUGCAAAGCACAAGUAUUACCAGGACGCAAAGUUGCCCCUUGGAUGGACCCAGGCCGACCUCGACCGGGGAUUCAACACGUCAGGCCUGUGGGCCUACAGCAGACACCCAAACUUCUUCGCGGAGCAGACCAUCUGGCUGGUGCUGUACCUAUGGGGCUGCCACGGUACCAACUCGCUGUGCAAUUACACGCUCGCCGGAUCAGCAAGCUUGAUUCUCCUCUUCCAAGGCUCGACGUGGUUGACGGAAAGCAUCACGACGAGCAAGUAUGCCGAGUAUGCCGAGUACCAGAAGCAAGUGGGCAGGUUCAUUCCAACGUCUCUGCGGAGAUACCAGCCUCCUCCAUACAGUGCCAACCAGAUCCGAGCGCGGGAUUCGGCCAAGCGCCAGCAGGACAAAGAAAGCCGGAAGCAGGAAUGA